AUAUCUUGGAUUUUUUAAUUUUAGAUUUGUCAUACUCCGCUGAAGUCACCAUGAGCUUUUUUCAACUGCUGAUGAAAAAGAAGGAACUUGUUCCUUUGGUGCUGAUCAUGACUUUCGCAGCCAGUGGAGCCUUGUCUUUUGCUGUAUAUUCCCUUCGAAAAAGCGAUGUGAUCAUUGACCGAAAAGGAAAUCCAGAGCCUUGGGAAACUGUGGAUCCUACUGUACCUCAAAAGCUUUUAACAAUCAACCAACAAUGGAAGCCAGUUGAAGAGUUGCAGAAGGUCCGAAGGGCAACCAAAUGAAUAGUCCUUACUUCUUUCUUCCAAAGAGUACUCUAUAAAUCUAGUGGAAACAUUUCCACACCAACUAGAUUAUGGAUACCAGUGUGCGGAAAUGCUUCUGCUACAUUUUUAGGGUUUGCCUACAUGUUUUGGAUUCUGGAUAAGGAAUUGAAGGUAGUAUAGCAAUAACCACGUUAUCCAAAAAUAAUUUUCUAUGUUUAUUGUCUUGUACAUUUUAAUCUUGCAUAUUGAAAUGUUUAUGUUGCCUGAAUGUUUUUCUUAAAAUUUAUUAAGAUUUGUAAAUUAGGUUAUUGUCUGUAAUAAAAUGCCACUUCUGCAAGA